CCAGCCAUGGAGAGAAACAAUGUGACCGUCACCACAGAUUUUAUUCUCCUGGGGCUCUGGCCUGAGUUCAGCCACCUCGUGAGCCUUCUCUGCCUCAUCCUUCUGGUCUACUUUAUGGCUGUUUUGGGCAAUGUUGUCCUCAUUCUCCUCAUCUGGCUGGAUACCCGACUUCACUCUCCCAUGUACUUUUUGCUCAGCCACCUCUCCCUCCUUGACUUGGCCUUGAUCUCAACUUCUGUCCCCAAAAUGGUCACAGACUUCUUCUCAGGGGAAAGGACCAUAUCACAGAUAGGCUGUGGAACCCAGGUCUUCUUCAGUUUAACCCUCGGGAUUGCUGAGUGCCUCCUGCUAACCCUCAUGUCGUAUGACCGCUACGUUGCCAUCUGUAACCCACUGCGUUACUCGGUCGUUAUGAGCCAUUCCACCUGCAAAAGGAUGGUCACUGGGUCCUGGGCAGGAGGGGCUAUAACCUCCCUGGUUCAUACAGCCUAUGCCAUGCAUUUUCCCAUUUGUCACCCCCGAGAGAUUCCGCACUUUCUGUGUGAGGUCAUGGCCCUCUUGAAGCUCACUUGUGAGGAUAUUUCAGCCUAUGUGAAGUCAGUGGUGGUCUCGAGUUUUCUGGUGGUUCUCAUCCCUCUGAGUCUCAUCCUGGCCUCCUACACCCUCAUCUUCCUUGCGGUCCUCCGCAUGAACUCCCCCGAAGGCAGGAACAAGGCUCUGGCCACCUGCUCCUCCCACCUCGGUGUGGUCAGUCUCUACUUUGGCCCUGCCAUAUUGGUCUACAUGAGGCCUGGAUCCUCUAAGACCCCCAGACUAAAUCAGUCUCUCUUUAUGUUUAAUGCCAUCCUCACCCCUAUGUUUAACCCACUCAUCUAUAGCCUGAGAAACAAGGAUGUUCUAGAAGCUUUGAAGAGUAUAGUCACCAGCAGAUGCCCUCUGGGAAAGUUGAAAAGACACCUAGGUUGCUAUACGUGA